AUGAGGCUGAAGGAGAUCCAAAGGACUGCUCAGCAGGCUUGGAGUCCGGCUGGGCACCAUCCCAUCUGCCUGGCGUUGGGCACAUCGGCGCAGCAGCUAGAUGCCUCUUUCAACACUACGGCGGCCCUGGAAAUAUUUGAAAUGGAUUUUACCGAUCCAUCUCUGGACAUGAAGCUCAAAGGGUCACUGUGCACCACCAACAGGCUGCACAGUUUGGUGUGGGCAAAUUUCGGGAUGAGCGAGGAAGCUACUGGAGGGAGGCUGGUAGCGGGCAGUGAGAAUGGCGCAUUAACUGUUUACAACCCAGAUGCCAUCGUAAAUUCCGGGGCUGAGGCAGUGGUUGGACAGUGCAAUAAACACACAGGGCCUGUGCGAGCGCUUGACUUUAACCCUUUUCAGAGCAAUCUCCUCGCAUCUGGGGCAAAUGAUUCUGAGAUUUACAUUUGGGAUCUGAACAAUUUAAGUACUCCGAUGACCCCAGGAGCAAAAGCACAGCCUGCUGAGGACAUCAGUGUGGUGUCGUGGAACCGGCAGGUGCAGCACAUCCUGGCCUCGGCCAACCCCAGCGGCAAAGCUGUCGUGUGGGACCUGAGGAAGAAUGAGCCUAUCAUCAAAAUAAGCGACCACAGCAACCGGAUGCACUGUUCAGGAAUGGUGUGGCACCCAGAGGUGGCUACUCAAUUAGUGCUGGCUUCCGAGGAUGACCGCCUACCAGUAAUUCAAAUGUGGGACCUCCGUUUUGCCACGUCUCCUCUUAACGUGCUUGAGAAUCACACACGAGGGAUUCUGUCCAUCUCAUGGAGCCAGGCUGACUCUGAGCUCCUGCUGAGCAGCGCUAAGGAUAACCGCAUUCUCUGUUGGAAUCCAAACACUGGAGAGGUUAUUUAUGAGCUCCCCACAACAAAUCAGUGGUGUUUCGACGUCCAGUGGUGUCCUAGGAAUCCCGCUCUACUCUCCGCAGCUUCGUUUGAUGGCAGAAUUACAGUUUACUCCGUGAUGGGCGGGAGCUUAAAGGCUCAGCAGCAAAGUACAGCUGAUAAGAUAUCGUCUUCAUUUGAUACAAUGGAUCCCUUUGGAACAGGACAGACGCUCCCGCCCCUGCAGGUUCCUCAGCCUACAGUGCAGGACACAAUCGUUCCUCCUCUGAAGAAGCCACCCAAGUGGGUGCGCAGGCCAGUGGGGGCCUCCUUUGCCUUCGGCGGAAAGCUGAUCACUUUUGAGAAUGCCAAGGUGCCACCUGUGCAGACCCCACAGCCUGUCCCCAGGCAGGUGUUCAUCAGCCAGGUCACUACAGAGACUGAGUUUCUGCAGCGUUCCAAGGAGCUGCAGGUGGCGCUGCAGUCGGGUUCUUUCAACAGCUACUGCCAGAACAAGAUCCAGAGCGCCAAGUCAGAGGCUGAGCAGGACAUAUGGAAGUUUCUACUGGUGAAUUUUGAAGACGAAGCUCGCAUCAAAUUCCUCAGACUUUUGGGUUUUAGUAAAGAUGAACUGGAGAUUAAGAUUUCUAAAUGCCUGGGGAAGAAGUUUCAACCCAAUGGACACGCUGUGGAUGCUGAGGACCUGGCUAAAAAGAUGCUGCAGCUCUCUACUGAGCGGUCUGAAGAAGCUGUAGUAGAUGGUGAGGCCAGGACAUCAGGCUGUGUUUCACCAGCAGACUUUUUUAGCCAUAAUCCAAAAGAAAUAUCCAACUUUCAGAUCCCCGUUUCAUGCGAUACGGACGGCUUGAUAAGUCAAGCGCUGCUAGUGGGCAACUUUGAGGGCGCUGUUGAUUUGUGUCUGAGCGAUGGCCGCUAUGCCGAAGCCAUCCUGCUGUCUAUCAGUGGUGGAGAGGAACUGCUUAAAAAGACCCAGCAGAAGUACUUGAGCAAGCAGAAGAACAGCAUUUCCAUGCUUAUAUCAUCAGUGGUGACGCAGAACUGGAGAGACAUUGUGCAAAGCUGUGAGCUAGAUAACUGGAAGGAAGCGCUUGCCGCUCUCCUGACAUACGCUCACCCCGAAGAAUUUGCCAAGCUGUGCGAUACCCUUGGGGGCCGCUUGGAGAGAGGGGGGACGGAGAAACGUUGCCUGCAAGCCUGUUUGUGUUACAUCUGCUCCGGAAACAUAGAGAGACUGGUGGAGUGCUGGGCCUUGCAUAGAGACUGCUCCUCGCCUCUUGGCUUGGAGGAUCUGGUGGAAAAAGUCAUGAUGCUGCGCAAGUCGAUAGAACGUCUCCGCAACAGCGAGGUGGCAGUGCAAAGCCCGGUCCUGGCUGAGAAGCUGACAUCCUAUGCCGGCAUUCUGGCUGCAGAGGGCAGCCUGGUCGCUGCCAUGGCAUACCUGCCAGACAAUAAUGAUCAACCUGGAAUCACUAUGCUGAGAAACCGACUGUUCCAUGCUCAGGGGGAGGCUGUCAGCCCACAGGUGCCUCCAAGCACAGCCAAGCCCAAUACUGCUUCUAACACACCUUUGCAGAAAGCACAGAUCAUGGAUCAGUACCAGCCCUCACCUGCUCCUCAUUCUCAUCAUCAUCAGCAGCAGCAGCAGCAGCCUCCUUUGCCAACAUCAGCACUAUUCCAGCCUCAAGUUCCUCCAAAUAGCUCCGGGCCAGGCCUGCCCCCCUCUUCUCAUGUGCAGCCCCCCACCAUGAGGCCUCCAUAUCCGCAACAUCCAGCUCCAGGUUUUGUUCCACAUCAGCCAUUCCAGCCGUCCCCAAUGGGCGGACCCUCAGCCUUCUCCCCUCCGGGUCCCAUCAUGCCAGCUGCUAACUUAUCGGGACCACCACUGCAGCACUCGUCAUCAGCCCCCGGGGGCCUCCCCCCUAUGCCCAGCCCAGGUGUCCCGUUGACUAGUUUCAUGCCUUCUACUUCCUUGCCAUCGGGCCCCAUGCCGUCUAGCUCCCAACCUGGAGCCCCUGUCCCCAUGUACCCUGGCGGACUCCACAGCCAGGGACCUAUGCCAACUGCUCCAUUUGCCCCUCUUGGAUCAGGUUACCCACAAGGGGGCCCGGGUGCUCCCGCGGCAAAGCCAUUUGCGCCUUCAGCUGUUGCUCCUCCACCUGCAGGAUUCUUUCCUUGGCUGAAUACCCAGUCUGACCCUCAAGCUUCCCAAGAAGGCUGGAAUGACCCACCGGCAGUACGAGGUGGACCCAGGAAGAAGAAGGUCCCUGAAAACUAUACUCCACCCGCACCUAUCACCGCCCCCGUAAUGGGUUACCCAGGGGAAGCCCCUCAGCUGCACAACAAUGCCCAAGUGCCCCCCGGAGCACCCCAGGAGCCCAGCGUGCAGCUUCUUCAGCAGCUGCCAGCAGAGCGUGUGGAGCAAAAGGAGAUCCCUGCCGAACACAUGGUGCUGAAAUCCACCUUUGACAGUCUAGUUCAGCGCUGCCAGCUAGCAGCAGGAGACCCACAAACAAAAAGGAAGCUUGAUGAUGCAGCCAAGCGUUUGGGAUGCCUCUAUGAUAAGCUGAGGGAGCAAUCGCUCUCCCCCAACAUCCUGAACGGUCUGCACGAGAUCGGCCGCUGUGUGGCGAGCCAGAACUACCAGCGUGGCUUGGAGGUCCACACGUUGGUGGUGAGCAGCAGCAACUUCAGCGAGAUCUCCGCCUUCAUGCCCAUCCUCAAAGUAGUCAUGACCAUCGCCAACAAGCUGGGCGUCUAA